AUGGCCGACAAGCGCGAGCUUGUCCUUAUGCGAGGGCUUGCCGGGUCUGGUAAGAGUACGUUGGCCCAGGAGCUUCUACAAGCUGUCCCAGACGGGGUCAUCCUCUCGACUGAUGAUUUCUUCACCCUGAAGAAUGGUCGGUAUGCUUUUGAUCCUAGUCGCCUGGGCGAUGCACAUGAGUGGAAUCAACGACGUGCCGAGGAGCAUUGCUGCCGUCACGUCCCUCUCGUGAUUAUCGACAAUACCAAUGCCGAAGUUUGGCAGAUGAAGCCAUACGUUCGCAUCGCAGUCAAGCAUGGGUAUACGGUCUCGCUGCGUCAGCCCGACACGCCAUGGGCCUUUGAUGCCGAAGAGCUUGCGCGUCGUAACAAACAUGGCGUUCCAUUGCAAACAAUUGCAGCGAUGCUAGAGCGCUUCGAGCACAAUGUGACAGCCGAGAGCCUGCUUGGCUUGGUGGCCAAGACAACUCGCCCCUUGGUUAAAAGCACCCACUCAAAGCAGCAGCCAACAGCAGCGGCGCCGCGUGCAACAACAGACGAGCCUCCCAAGGUUGCCCCGCCACCACAAGCACUCGCCUCCCUCAAAGGCUUUGACAACCUCCCAGAAAGUCAGCGCCAAGCCUUCCUAGCCGACUGGAAUGCCAUGGAACAACGCCAGCAACAGCAAUGGGCUGCCUACGAGGCGCAGGGUGAGGAUCGACACCUGAGCGGUGUAAAGUCACGUCAAACAACAUCUUAUUUCAAACAACAUCUGAUUUGCUUGGCUGCACCCACCUGUCUUGCUCAGGGCAAACCUUGCGCCAAAGCUGCUAGCCACGACAGUUCUACAGCACCGUUGCCUUCAGGCUCCUCUGACGGGUGGGAGAUUGAGCCGCCCUCAAGCGGCGAGUCGUUGGACGCAGCAGGCGAAUUGGAUUCGGCCCAUACGGGCACAAGCGUACAGGAGGCACCCAUAGACUCACCAGCCCCAGACGACAAUGACGAAGCAUCGCCUGUGCUCGAUGCAAAUUCGCUUGCCCAGGCUAUGGCGCGUCUGGAAACGCUCAUAAAGCAGGAGCGCGCCUCUCGCGACGACUCCUGGGUGCGCAGCAUCCAAACCAUCCUCGAUGACGUCGAAGUCGAUGACCUGUCGGCGUCACAACAAGAAGUCUUCGAUCAUGCUUUGGCCACGUUAUCAGACCAUUUUUUCUCGUUUGAAGCUGCCGAUGCUGAAGCCGACGAGGACGAAGACCAACUAGCCAAUGAGGUGCAGGCAGACUCUGAAUAUGCCAUGCUGGCCGAUAUGUUCCCUGCCUGCCCUGUUUAUGUGCUUCGCGACGUGUGCCGCUACUCUGAGGAUUCCGAAGAUGCAUGCAACACGGCUUUGGCUUUGGCAGCGCAAGCGGAGGCGGAGGGCAUUAGCAUGGAGCAGGCCUGGCAGCAACGUGGGCAUCCCGCUUCAGGUCCUGAGACAACCACGAGCGCUGCAGCCUCACAUGCAGCGGAGCCGACUACGUCAUCGCCACGAACCAAGCGCAAGGAUGGCAGUCGGAAGCAGCGGUUGCAUCAAAUGUUCCCCAAUUUGUCCAAAUCAACCAUUGCCCGAAUCAUGGCGGUCAGCUCAACUUUUGAAGAGGCGCAAACCUUGGCGCGCUACACCCACGAGGGCGCCUUGGCCCAGGCCGGCAUGGGCGUGCCACAUGUGCGAUUGGCUCGCACGGGCUAUCGCCCCGUCGAGACCGUCAAUGCGUGGGGCGUGGAAGGCCUGGCCAACCCUUCCCUCCAGCAGAUCGAGGCCGAAGAGUUGGAGCGCAAGGCGCAGCGUGAGGCAGAGGCUGCACAAGCCGGCGGCAACUUUCUCCAGGAACAGUUGCAAAUGGAACGCUUGCGCGCAGUCUUUCCUGGCGUGGCUGAUGACGUGUUGUUGGAGCAACUGCGCCUGAGCGUUCACAAUGUGACAGAGACCAUCGAGACUCUUUCAAGUCAAUAUGCGCCUCGCCAAUCUGCGGUGGACGCAGCCGGCCCCACCUACGCCCUGACCUCCCAGUAUGACAGCCGGACCGCCCAACCCAGCCCCUUGGACCGGCUGAUGGAUGUGACGGCGCCUCGCAACCGCGAUCGCGUCGAGCAACUUCGCGAUCAACGCCGCGAGCUGAUACAACGCAUGAGUGAUGCCGCAAGGUUGAGUCGUCCAGAGGAGCUGGAGGUCCUGCGUGAGCGUGUUCGCGCUUUGGACGGCGAGAUCAACUCAGCAAAUGAAGCUGCAGCCCGAGGUAUUCUUGCCAGUCACAACACGGGCUCGAACACCAACUUGGUUCUGGAUGUCCAUGGCUUGCACGUGGCCGAGGCCGAGCAUGCUGUGCAAAUGCUGCUGGACCAUCAUCGGCAGCAGUUUCGGUCGUUGGGCACGGCCUACACAGUGCGCUCCAUUGACAUCAUUACCGGAGUUGGCCGUCAUAGUCGCCAUGGCAAGCCUUUACUCAAACCAGCCGUGGAGCGUUUGGCUCGGCGCCAGAACCUGACAACCUCGCAACCCAAUGAGGGCACAGUCCGCAUCUACCUCGCCAAUUUACGGCCUAGUCGCUAG